AUGUUGACUUGUUAUUUCUAUGUCAAAUUGUUGAUUAUUUCGUCUAUUUCCCUUUCAUGUACAAAAUGUUUACCAAUUCUGUUAUAUAACAAGCUAUUGAUACCAGUUGAUCUCGGUGGAUUUGCUGAUGCGGCUUAUCCCCUUUGGGGAUUUUCUACUUUCAGUAUCCUUACAUAUUAUAAACCUUUAAAUUAUGAUAAUAAGAAACAUGUUUAUCCACAUUAUUAUAGUAAUAAUAAUAAUUAUUAUUAUGCUCCGAAAUCAAAAACACAUGAUAAACAAAAAUUAUUAGUACAAUCGUCAUUGUCUUCAGCAGCGCAACCGCCAUCAUCACCAUCAUUCACGUAUAAGAACAAUGCACCUUAUAAAAAGCAAUAUGUCCCGAGUUCUCAGCAUCAGAAAACCUCAUUGGACUAUUACAACAACAACAAGAAGGCAAAGGGGAAGGAAUCAGUGGAGAAGAGUAAUAUUACUCCAGUCAAUUAUUAUAAUAAAUAUCAUCAUGGAUAUAAUCAUCAAAAGUACCGUUGGACGCCUAUUAUUUAUCAUGAUCAGAAAAGAAAGAAUCAAUUAAAUCAUCCUUACUUGGGUAUUGUAAAGAGAUUAAAUUAUAGGCAUGAAAGAAGUGCAUACAAUUAUCCAACACAAAAACAUAUCAAUAAAAGGUAUGAUGAUGUUAAUAACAAAAUUUCCUACAAUGUUGCUAGACAUAAACUCAAGAAUUCACAACACGAUAAGUAUAAUAAUGGGAAAUUAAAGUAUGUUGAAGCGAAAUUUGGUGAUAGUACUGUUGCUGGAAGAGAUACCUACGAUGUUGAAAGAUAUCAGCCGAAGGACUCGGAAUAUGAUAAACGUAAUGACGAAGGAAUAAAGUAUGAUAGAGCCAAGUAUGGUAACACUCUUGAUAGAAAAGAUACCUACGAUGUUGAAAGAUAUCAGUCGAAGGAUUUGGAAUAUGAUAAACGUAACGACGAAGGGAUAAACUAUGAUAGAGCCAAGUCUGAUGACACUCUUGAUAGAAAAGAUAUCUACGAUGUUGAAAGAUAUCAAUCGAAGGACUCGGAAUAUGAUAAACGUAAUGAAGAAGGAAUAAAGUAUGAUAGAGCAAAGUUGAUUAACACUCAAGAUGAAAAACGUACUUACGGUGUUACACGACAUAAACCGAAGGAUUUGCAAUACAAAAGGUAUAGUGAUGAAGAGAUAGAGUAUAAUAAAGCAAAAUUUGAUAGUAAAUAUGCAAAAGAAUACAGGAGUAAGGGAUAUGAUUCUCAUCAACGUGAAGAUACUCAUAAAGCACAUCUUCUUACCCCCAAAAUAUCACAAAUUAGCUACAGUAAUGAGAAAUCCUCUCCUAGAGAUAAAAAUGUAAAGUCAAACAAACACCAAUCCGAUAAUCAUAAAUUAUCAACAGAUAAAGACAAAUAUGUAACAGAUUAUGAGAGAAUUGGUCACCGGGCAUCUAGGGAUAUUUACGAAAAACCUUUGCCUGCUUACGGCAAACCAAAAUAUGCACUCAUUUAUGAUGAAAUUAAAAAUGGCAGAGGAAGCCAUGUUGAGCUAAGGAAAAAAUUAAAGAAAUUAGAAAAAGAAGAAGGAUUACACCAAAUGAUGAAAAAACCCACUUAUGAUCAAAAGUCUCCUAAUAAAAAGUCAAAUACCAAUGAUAAGAAGAAAGGCAAAUCAAAAUCAAAAGAUAACAAGAAUGAUAAGAAAGAUCAGCGUGCAAAAGAUCGUGACAGUAUACUUAUGAUAGUUAAUGAAUACUCAUAA